UCCGUAUAGAGGCUAAAUAGUAAGGGUGACAAAAUGGCGUCCACAACUUUUUCAAGGGAAGAGCGGUCAUUUGUUGCAGGAGGGGUUCAAGUAGAUCUAAGAAUAGAUGGAAGGUCCUGCACUGAUUACAGAAAUUUCAAUGUCAAAUAUGGAAUCGUUACUAGUGCAAAUGGAAGCGCAGAAGUGAAAUUAGGAAAAACACAUGUGAUAGUGGGUAUCAAGGCAGAGCUUGGAGAACCAGAAGGAGCAACCCCAAACAUCGGAAUUGCAAAUUUUUUUGUAGACUGCUCUGCCAAUGCAUCACCAGCAUUUGAAGGCAGAGGAGGAAGUGACCUUGCACUAGAACUCAGAAAUGGCUUAUCACAGAUUAUGAACACUAGAACAUUUGAUUAUAAGUCAUUGUGUAUUGUCCCUGGGAAAUAUUGCUGGAUUCUGUACAUUGACUCAAUAGUUCUUGAAUGUGAUGGCAAUCUUUUCGAUGCUCUUUCAUUAGCUGUAAAAGCUGCAUUGAAUGACACUUUGAUCCCAAAGUUGGUUAUCAGUGGCGACUCUGAUGACAUAGAUAUUGACAUUUCAGAUGACCAGUAUGACAUUCAGUCGUUAGAUAUCUCAAAUGUUCCAGUGAUGGUCACAGUGAACAAGGUUGAAAAUCGCUUUGUCCUGGAUGCGUUACCAGAGGAAGAAUCGUGCAUCGAUGCAAUGCUACUGGUAUCUGUAGAUCGGUAUGGUGAAAUAUGCGGCCUUCAAAAAUUUGGCUCAGGUGGCCUGGACCCGGAACUGACCUUUGAAAUGAUCCAGGUUGCAAAAGAAGCUGGAAAGUCACUCAACAAGAAUUUGGAAAAGACUUUUAAGAAAGACGAAUCGAUGUCAACAGGGUAACAAAAAGUGUGGAAGAGUGAACAUUGGGACACCGUUACAGACAGCGCUAAUCAUGGCACAGAAAAGGGUAUUUCUCAUUGAUUGUGGUAGCAAAGAGAUUAAGAAAAAUAUCCUAGCUAUCGAUGGUAGUCUUGAAAUGAUACAAAGGUGGAUUAUAGGAAAUUCAAGAAAUCAAAUUUUGAGGAGCAAAGAAACUUCCCUCGAGGUAUACGCACUCCGAAACUACAUUGAUGCAUCUAUAGUAUCUACAAAGUUUGCCAAUUGGAAUCAAACUCAAAGAUAUGUACACUUAAUGAAGAAACAAUGUAAAAAGUUGCUUUAUAGCUAAUACAUGCCAACUGUUUUAAAAAAAAUUGCGAUGUUGUUUGUGGUGGUCUUUUACCAGAAGCAGGGUAAGAUGAAAGCUUGCGGUGUUUGGAGUAACUUCAUCUGCAACUGAUGCGAAACUAGAGAUUGAAAAAUAUUUCAAAAAUGCUAAAACUCGUGUGAAAAUUUUUCAGGAACCCAGAGGAAAUCGAGAUCGCCCAGCUUUUGCUGAAGCUGUACAAAUUUUAUCUAUUUGUUCUGCCUACAUCAGAGUGCAGUUCUGUUGUCCUCAUAAAUGAAAUUUGAUUUAAGACAUUCAAGGCUCAUGAUUUGAAAAUUUGAGCCGUUUUCAGUUGUCGAAAGAAAAGGCAUGAUUUCUUGUGAUGUUAAAUCAUCUUAAGAAUGCUAGGAGCUUUCAUGGUUGUUUAUAUGUCCUGCGCUGUCCUUUUUGAUAAUCACACAAAUCUUUUUGUUGCCUCCUAAUGUGAAGACCGGGGCAAAUCAUCACAAACAAAUUAGAAAUG